GCAUGCUACUACUGCCCCCGUGGCGACUGUGCGCAGCUGUUCGGGUGCCGCGCACGCUGCCUGGUGAGCGUGGAGCGCAAGGCGCUGUGCGCCGAGUCGUCGCGCGAGGAGGAGCUGGACGUGGACCUCACCUUCUGGCUGUACAUGUCCAUCCGCGUGCUCAUCGGCAUCGUGGGCGGCACCGCCUUCGCCAUGUUCGAGGGCGCCGUCAUCGCCAUCCUGCGCGAGCACAGCGCCGACUACGGCCUGCAGCGCAUCUACGCCACCGUGGGCGGCAUGAUCUCCUCGCCGCUCUCGGGCCUGCUCAUCGACUGGGCGUCGCGCGGCAAGGGGUACACCGACUUCCGGCCUGCCUUCUACCUAUACGCGGGGAUGAAGAUCGCGUCGGGCCUGCUCAUCCUGACCAUCAACCUGGACUUCAAGCAGCCCGCGAAGAACGUGGUGUUCGACGUGCUCACGGUGCUUAAGAACGUGGAGUUGGCCGCGCUUCUCGUCGUCGUCUUCGUUCUCGGCGGCGCGUGGGGCUUCAUCGAGAGCUUCCUCUUCUGGAUGCUGCAGGACCUGGGCGGGUCGCGCUCGCUCAUGGGCAUCACCUUCACGGUGGGCGGCAUCGCCGGCAUCCCGCUGCUCGUGCUCUCGGGCCCCAUCAUCGACCGCUUCGGCCACGCCAACGUGCUCACCGUCGGCUUCCUCUUCUACGCCAUCCGCCUGCUCGGGUACUCGCUGAUCUACAACCCGUGGCUGUGUCUCAUCUUCGAGGCGAUGGAGAGCAUCACGUCGUCGCUGUCGUUCACCGCCGCCGUCACCUACGCCGCCAAGCUCAGCACCACCACGACGGACACCUCGGUGCAGGGGCUGCUGGGCGGCCUCUACUACGGCGUCGGCCGCGGCGCCGGAAGCCUCAUCGGCGGCUACAUGAUGACGUGGAUCGGCACCCGCCCGACCUACCAGGUCUUCGCCGCCAGCUGCCUCGUCAUCGGCGUCAUCUACUUCCUCACGCACAAGCUGUACCUGCGGCGGCGCCCCGACCGCACCAGCAACGACAUCGUCAAGAUCAAGAGCACCUUCCUGGGCGAGAAGUUCACCAAGGACAGGCCGGGCAAGCCGGACAAGGCGGAGAAGGGCGAGAAGGGCGACAAGGCGGACAAGGGCGACAAGGCGGAGAAGACGGACAAGGAGGGCAAGGGCCAAACGGAAGCGCAGCCGAUCAACGAGGCCAAGACGGAAGCCGAGAAGAACGCGUUGAACGCGGCGCGGACGGACGCGGCGGCGGCGUCUAUUGCGGAGGCAGCCGGCAGCUACCGCGUCAACCUGGGUUUCGAGGGCGACGACGACGACGCACACGACAAAACGGCGUAGCCGCCCAACCCCUCCCUCCCCUCUCGUUCCCCCCUCCUCGCCCAUCCCCGUCCCCGUCCCGGCGCCGGCGCCGCCCGCCUCUCCGUCCGAACCCUCCCCCGCGCGAACGCGACCGCGACCGCACCCACCAAUUCGCUUGUAUCAUAGCUUGUACAUACGCACUGGUUUCAAUAAAUUUAUUCUACACAAGGGA